UCUGGCAUUGCACAUUCCUCUUCUAACUUCAUUCAUUUGACCAGUUGCACCAUCCGAAGUCUAACAAUGAGCCGAAACUACCUGUCCAAGAACGAUGAACUCCGCAGGGGAGAUUAUAUAAUUUCUAAUAACCGAGAGUUCAAAGCAGUGUUCCAGGACGACGGCAACUUUGUCAUCUACGGAUGGAAGCCCAUUUGGUCCUCUGAUACGGCAUCUUCAGAGCCCCACCGUUUAUGUAUGCAGGCCGACUGCAACUUCGUCAUGUACAAGAAGAACGAUGACCCCAUGUGGCACACCAACACCAGCAAAUCCAAAUGUAACAUGUGCCGUGUCCACCUAAAGGACAACGGGUUCCUGGUGUUGGAAAGGGAAGGUGAGGAGAUCUGGACCUCUGAAAAAUCCAAUGGCAUGAAGUGAAGUGAUAAGCAUCACACAUCAGUGACUAAAAGUGGUGUGUAUUGCUUUGUACACAUUUUCCCUGUAUGUUUCCAAUAAAAGAUUGGUCAAAAAUCUAA